AUGUCACAUCCUUCUUCGCCGCCAAUAGGAGAAAGUCCACAAUUACCGCCAUCGUCGCCUGCUAUUCCAUUCGAAGAGGGGGACGAAGAGGACGAAAUUCAUAAUGAUGUUGCAGACUUAAAUCCAUCAGAAGAAGAGGAUGGUGAAGAUUUGAUGGAUAAUAUGGAAAAUGAUUAUAAGAGGAGCGAAAAGCAGGAUACGUACGAUUUAGGAGAUGGAAAUAUUGAUGAUGAGGAAUACGACGAGAUGGAUGCAGCCACUAGAAGAAGAAUUGACAGUCAAUUGAAUAAGCGUGAUGCAUUAUUGGGAGAUGCUAUGGGUAAUAGAUCGAGACGUCAGGCAUUUUUGGAAGAUGAAGGUGAUGAGGAUAAUAUAGAUGAUAUCGAUGAAUAUGGGUUACCGAUUCAAAGAAGAAGAAGAAGACAGUACGAUGAAGACGCGGACGAAUUUAUGGGGGAUGUAGAGAUUGAUCCGUUUAAUGAAGAGUUGUCGCUUGAAAGCUUGACCGAUAUCAAGGCCCCGAGUAUAACCGAAUGGAUUGUCCAGCCGGCUGUUUCCAGAUCUAUCGCAAGAGAAUUGAAAUCAUUUUUGUUGGAAUAUACCGACGAUAAAGGUAGAUCGGUGUAUGGUGCCAGAAUUCGUACUCUAGGUGAAGUCAAUGCUGAAUCAUUGGAGGUUUCUUAUGACCAUUUGGCGGAUUCGAAGGCUAUAUUGGCGUUAUUUUUGGCUACAUCACCAACUGAAAUGUUGAAGAUCUUUGAUAUCGUUGCUAUGGAAGCUACCGAAUUACAUUAUCCUAACUAUUCACAAAUUCAUCAAGAAAUUCACGUCAGAAUUUCCAACUUCCCAAACCACUUAAACUUAAGAGAUCUUAGGGAAAGUAACCUUAAUAAUUUGGUGAAAAUAAGUGGUGUUGUUACUAGAAGAACAGGUGUCUUUCCACAAUUAAAAUACGUGAAGUUUGAUUGUCUUAAAUGUGGUGUUGUAUUGGGACCUUUCAUUCAAGAUUCAAACACAGAAGUUAAAAUUUCAUUCUGUACUAAUUGUCACGUUAAGGGUCCGUUUAGAAUUAAUUCCGAGAAAACAUUAUACCGUAAUUACCAAAGAAUUACCUUACAGGAAGCACCUGGUACUGUUCCAGCUGGUAGAUUACCAAGACACAGAGAAAUUGUCUUGUUAUGGGAUCUUGUCGAUGCUGCUAAGCCAGGUGAAGAUAUAGAAGUAACCGGUAUUUACAAAAAUAAUUAUGAUGGUCAGUUAAAUGCUAAAAAUGGUUUCCCUGUGUUUGCCACGGUGAUUGAGGCUAACUCGAUCAGAAGAAAGGAAAGCAGUGUAUCUGGGGAUGGUGUUAUAAAUUCGUGGACUGAGGAGGAUGAAAGAGAAUUCAGAAAGUUAUCACAAGAGCGCGGUAUUAUUGACAAAAUAAUAGCGUCUAUGGCUCCUUCGAUAUAUGGGCAUAAGGAUAUUAAAACAGCUUUAGCGUGCUCAUUAUUUGGGGGUGUUCCAAAAGACGUCAAUGGUAAACAUUCUAUUAGAGGUGAUAUAAACGUCUUAUUACUAGGUGAUCCUGGUACAGCCAAAUCGCAAAUCUUGAAGUAUGCGGAAAAGACUGCAAAUAGAGCUGUUUUUGCAACCGGUCAAGGUGCUUCUGCUGUUGGGUUGACAGCAUCGGUCCGUAAGGAUCCAAUUACAAGAGAAUGGACUUUGGAGGGCGGUGCCUUGGUUCUUGCAGAUAAAGGUACAUGUCUUAUUGAUGAAUUUGAUAAGAUGAAUGAUCAAGAUAGAACCUCUAUUCACGAAGCUAUGGAACAACAAUCCAUUUCUAUUUCUAAGGCAGGUAUUGUUACUACAUUACAAGCUAGGUGUGCAAUUAUAGCUGCUGCCAAUCCUAAUGGUGGUAGAUAUAAUUCUACAUUGCCACUUUCACAAAACGUGGAUUUAACCGAACCUAUCUUAUCGAGAUUUGAUAUUUUAUGUGUUGUAAGGGAUUUGGUCAAUCCUGAACUGGACGAAAGAUUAGCAAACUUCGUUGUUGAUUCACAUAUGAGAUCUCAUCCAUCGCAUGCAGAAGAUCUAGAAGAUGACGACGAUGAUUUAAACCAAGAUGAUGACGAAGCCAUGGAUGACGAGCAACCAGAAAACACCCCUACAAGACCAACCAAUAGAAAACAAACUAGAAAACAAAAGAUUAACCAAUUGAACAAGGAAAGAGAAAGUGAAAUCUCCCCCAUUUCCCAGGAUCUUUUGGUCAAGUACUUGAACUACGCUCGUAUAAAGAUUCAUCCUAAAUUGCAUCAAAUGGACAUGGAUAAAGUCUCCAGGGUCUAUGCGGAUCUAAGAAGAGAAUCCAUUUCAACUGGUUCAUUUCCUAUCACGGUGCGUCACUUGGAAAGUAUAUUACGUAUUGCCGAAUCCUUUGCUAAGAUGAGAUUGUCGGAUUUCGUGAGUCAAAGUGACUUGAACAGGGCAAUUAAAGUCAGUAUCGAUAGUUUUGUUGGAACUCAAAAGGUUACUGUUCGUAGACAAUUACAGAAAUCGUUUAUGAAGUAUACGUUACCAACCAGACGAAGUUAA